UUCUGUCUGAAGCCCAAGGAGAAGAAGACCGUGUUGAAACAUUCCUGCAGCCCAUCCUCUCAUCCUUUAGCACUCUCGAAAUUCACUCACGGUUAGAAAUACCCCGCUGUUACAUAUUCUGUGCGUAUAAGGCCGACGUUCAGUCUGAAAACAGCAGUUAAUCUGGUCUGCAGACUCCAUUUAAAUGGCUUGAAUCCAAACAGGCAACAUUCAGAGACUUCUUUGAGAUUAGCUGUGAACUGUGUUAACACAUCAUCUUGCCUGCUCUUCCAUACAAUUGAAGACCAGUGAAGCAUCCAAAAUGCCACUUGGUUUGGGACGAAGGAAGAAGGCGUCUCCACUGGUGGAAAAUGAAGAGGCAGAGCCCAUCCGUGCUGGUCUUAACGUGCCUGGACUGGAUGGACUCGAUGGUGGUGGUGUAGGACUCUCUGAGGGUGCGACACAGGAAGGCCUGCCGCCCCCACCUACUAAUCUUCGCCCUCGCCUGAUUUUCCACACCCAGCUGGCACACGGCAGCCCCACAGGCCGCAUAGAAGGAUUCAGUAAUGUCCGUGAGCUUUAUGCCAAGAUUGGAGAAGCAUUUGGGAUUCCUCCUGCAGAGGUCAUGUUUUGCACACUGAACACUCACAAAGUGGACAUGGACAAACUCCUCGGUGGCCAGAUUGGCUUGGAGGACUUCAUUUUCGCUCAUGUGAAGGGUCAGAGGAAAGAAGUAGAAGUUUUUAAGGGUGAGGAUGCUCUUGGACUCACAAUCACUGACAAUGGAGCUGGCUAUGCGUUCAUUAAGAGAAUAAGGGAGGGCAGUAUCAUUCACCAAAUCCAGGUCAUCAACGUUGGAGACAUGAUUGAGUCGAUCAAUGGUCAGAUACUCAUUGGCUGUCGACACUAUGAGGUUGCCAAGAUGCUCAAAGAAUUGCCCAAGGGGAAGAACUUUGUCUUGAAGCUGGUGGAACCAUUGAAGGCCUUUGAUAUGAUUAGUCAGCGGACUGGGGGACGCUCAGGCUCUGGGGUUCAGUUGGGCACUGGCAGAGGAACACUACGCCUGAGAUCCAAAGGACCAGCAACAGUAGAGGAACUGCCUUCAGCGUUUGAGGAAAAGGCUAUUGAAAAGGUUGACGAUCUGCUGGAGAGUUACAUGGGUAUAAGAGACAGUGAGCUUGCUGCUACGAUGGUGGAGCUGGGGAAAGACAAAAAGAACCCAGAUGAGUUUGCUGAGGCCUUGGACGAGACUCUUGGAGAUUUCGCCUUCCCGGAUGAAUUUGUAUUUGACGUGUGGGGAGCCAUUGGUGAUGCGAAGGUCGGUCGGGUCUAGUGCUAGAUAUGGGAGACAGCGGAACUAAAUGGGAUCCAGGCGGAGUCGUUUAAAGGAGGUGGAACAGCCACCAGUCAGUGCUACUAGAAAACACUAUAGCACCCUUAUAGUGUCUGUUUAUAAUUCAGUUUUACAAAUUGAAACACUUCAGCUGUCUUUUGUUGGGAGCAUACUCUGGGAGUGUGUGUUUUUAUUUUUUUAUUGUUUUUUUUUUUGUUUGUUUGUUUUUAUGCAACUUGUAUGCAGAACUUUAAAUUCCACUUUCUUCUGACCCUCGUCUUUACUCAAAUGCUGUUGCUGUUAUGCCCUAAAGACACACUAAUGUGCAAGUACAAAUCUGCAGAUUUGUAUUUGACUGAAUUUCAGACACUAAUUGUGUUUGAUAAUUGCUAUUAAAAGUCUCGCCGUUGUACCACUAGCAGAAAACCACUAGCAAAAUUACAAAUGGGUUUUCAACACCUUUUCCAGGUGUCACAUACCUUUGGGAGACUUGUAGGGACCGUGGCUUUACUCGGUCAUUCCCGAGAAACUGUGAGUUUCACUUUGCACUGUGUUGCACUGUUGCGCUGUAUGAACUGCACUGUGAUGGGCUUGCACAAUAUAGGCAAAAUCUCAUAUUGCAAUUAUUUUGCAAGAUAUUGCUGUUGCAGUAUACCGUCCAGUAUGUGUAUUAAAGCAUGUUGGCAAGACUUUAUAAAGUGCAUAGUUUGAUAUGUUUGAUCCUCAGUUCUCCACUCAUUUGGAUCAUUCAAGAUUGGUCAGAUUGCUUCAGACCAAUAACAUAUAAAAGUUUAUGUUUGGGGUGUACAGUAUUGCAAAAUUAGAAUGAAACUUAUAAGACAUUUUUCUCAAAACAUGAUAUGCAUCACAAUAUUAAAUUUUUUAGAGGUUUAAUAAGUUGGAACAGACAGUAGGGACCAGCAGUGUUUACUGCACUAAAUCCCUUUAAACUGAAUUAAUAAUGCUAAUAAUUUGUUAUGAAACAUGCAGUUGGUCAGUGUUCUUUAAGUACUAAUGAUAUCCGUAAUAUGCUCAGAAAAACAUGCUGUUAUGUCAUUUAUCAUGAUAACAAUAUUGUGUUGGUGGCAAUAGUUUUGUAGGUUCUGUAGCUUUCUGCCAUAUUGGUUUUGCAAAGGCAACUAUCAUGAAACAAUAUAUUGUACAGAUGGGCAGUGUGACGAUGUUUUAUGAUCAUGAUAAACCGUGUGCUUCUCUGAGCAUAUCGUGGGUAUUGUUUCAUUACAACAAGAGUAUAAUUAGUCCUGUUUCAUUGGAUUUAGUGGAGCAAAGUGAUGAAAUGAAUAAAAAUGUUUGUGCGCACAGUUGUGUAUCUUGAAAAAAGUAUCAUGAUGAGACGUUUUGCCAUAUUGCCCACUCCUAAUAUAUUGUGCAGCCCUAAUGCACAGCCAUACACUGUGUGCAGCUGCUUUGGCUGAUGUGCUUGCACAGUGCAGUUUUGGACCACUUUGUUAGAUGUUACACUACAUGACUCCUUCAAGCAUGUACUGUCAUAUUUUAUAUUCUCUAUAUUGUCUUGUUUUUAUAUGAAGGACUGAAGGCUUAGUGAUAGUUUAAACCAAAUUGCUUUUCUUUGUUUUUUAAAAAUCUGUGGCAUGCUCUCUCUGGAAUGAUUGAGGCAUUACUUAUUCUAAGCAAAGUGUGCUAUGGGAAUGUAAAGGGGAAUUCCAGUGAUUUUAAAAAAGUACAUAAAUUGUUGAGAUGAUUCUUUAUAAAGAAACUCUACAGUGGUUUUGAAUGGAACCGGAGCUCUUGAUAACUGCAAUGUAAGUACAACCAUUUUGUUUACUAUCCCUUGAACCUACACAUGCCUUAAUAUGCAUUGUUUGUAGUGGUAAAAAUAGUGGUAACUUAAAUUCUUUGGGUGGUAUUUUGACUUUGAGUGCUCUACAUGCACCUCUCUACCAUAUGUGGAUUUUAAAAACUUACUGUAGGCCUCAGGCUGAUCUCAAAACUUUCAUAAAAGAAUAUUUAGCUAUCAGACAGUGUAUUUGUACCCAUUUCACCUAAUAACUGUCUGUGGUAUAGUGUUUGGCGACAAAAUCUCUUCAGGCAUCCGGUUCCCUUCACCACUGCUGUGAACAGUUAUGACCUGGUACGUUUCUCUAGAAUGAAGCAAACCAAUCUAAAUGAUAUUUUGAAAAAUCAAUGGGUUUUCCCCACACACUAGCAGUCCUAGGAAUCCAGAAGAGUUUCCCCUUUAAAACUGCACAGCUCCAUGUUUUAAAAUGUGUUUUGAGAUAUGAGUGCAUGUAUGAAAUGACUCCUUGACAAAGCUGAUACUGUGGGCAUCAGCAAGGCUGGAAAGCAUUGAAAGAAGCUCCUUAUCACUUUCCCAAAACAUAGUAAUCUAACAGAGAGUUAACGUUGGGCUCCAGACAGUCAUAUCAAAUUUAAGGUCCCAUUUGCUAAAUAAUGGCUCUGUACCAGACAUAAUUAUCAGAAUGAGUGUCUGGGACGAAUGAAAGCAUGCCACAGAUGUUGAGGGUAGGUGAUUUGGUUUAAAAAUAGUCGUUUUGAAGGUGGUAAACUGAGCAAAAGCAACUGCACUGUUAACUUUUUUCCCCCUAAUCGCCUGUUAAAGGAAUAUUCCAGUGUUUUUCAGUCUAAUCUCUGUCUGCUGCGUUUGUAGCUAGGGGUUCAUUACCAUUGCUAAUCAGUUUGAUCCAUAUGUGGGAAGCAUGUAGAUUUUAAGUUCUGUGGCCAGUUCCUGACUGUCCUAAGCCUUAGAUCAAGGAUGCAACACAUCAAAAUAUCAGUUAUAGAAUGGAUCGUUCUGGUUCUGAAAUCUGGAUGGCUGAGCCACAUUUGAAGCCAAUGUAAGAUUCUUGAUAUAUGCACACUUCUGACUGCGCACAUCAACUGAGUUCUGUAUUAAUGCAUCAAGAUAAUGAACGUAGUGCUGGUACAGCUGUAUGCAAAAGUGUGUGCCCCUGGUUAAGUUACAUGUUUUGUUGAUUUCCUAAGUUAAAAUAAGCUCAUAUUCCUCUACAGAAAAUGCACUUCUGCACAUUUUAAGUUACAGUUACUGUUUAUUUGCUGUGUUUAACAUACUGGCAAACAAAGUAAAACAGAAAAUUUGGCCUUUGCAAACAUUAUGGGAUGUUUAAUUUUUCCCCCCCAGAUAUGUUAAAUCCUAACAGAUACAUACAAAUUGUGCUCUAAAAUGCUUAGGAAAAUGCUAUGUUUAACUUUAUUCACUGUAGAGAACUUAAUUUCAUAUAGACAAUUAUCUGUGAAUUGUAAAUUGAAUCACACUUCAUGUAUAGACCAAAUAGUUGAGGGCGUUUACAUGCGCUUAAUAAUCCAAUAGCAGCAAAAAAUCUGAGUUUGUCAGUAAUUUGUUCAACACGUUUACAAGCACCUUGGUAAUCAGAUGAAAGGAAAACCCCCUGAAUGUCUCAAUCAAAAUUCUGGAGGGUGUCUAAAAAUAACCCUUUCCUGACGUUAUGCUGUGUGUUAGGAGUAGUUUAACUGCUUCAUCCAUGAAACGAUGAGCUUCUAUCUUUGGUUUUCUUAACUAACUACAGAUGCAGCACUGGUCUGCCUCAGGGUGGUGCUGUAACACCCUGUUGGUCCUUCACACCUUAGCAACUGUAACUAUGACUGGGUUACCUCAAAAAAAAAGUUGUGUGCCAUAGCUUAGUGUAACAAAACGUCAAUGUCAUACUACAGUUUUUACUGAAACAUUGAGCCACUUCCGCAUCACUCAGAGUGUUUUCUUGCCUUCUUGUGGCUGCUGUGUUGAAUGCUGCUUGCUAUUUUUGGGACAGCACUCUGUUUUCAUACCUGCAUAGGUUGAGAAAAGUGAAAGAAAUCAGAGUAAGGGUAUACAUACACUGAUAAAUCUCAAUACUGAGCCAAAAUCCAGCUUUUUUGGUUUUGUAAUUGGAUUUCAUGGUCUUAAUCCAAUCAAAGAAAUUUUGAGCAUGUUGUUCAUAUGACCACUUAAAUAUUUAGAUGACUGCCAAAAUCCAAUAAUUAUGAGAUUAUUAACUGCAUGCAAGCACACUUACUGUCUUGGUGCAUGUUUGCUUCUGAAUGUUUGAUAUGGCGCAUGGUUGUAAUCUCAAUAUGGUCCAGCAUGCCAAUCUUUUUAGAGGUAAUUCAUUUGUUGAAGACAUGUCUAACAGAACCAACAUCUGUAUAAUUCAGAUACAUUCCUUAAGCAGGAUGAAAAACUCACCUAAUCACAAAGGAAAUGUUGUUUAUUACAAUAACAUUCUUUUACUUAAUGUUGAUUUGAUUGAGUCCAUUAAUGAUUAAUCAAAAGACUCUCACUGUUGAGCUCAGUGACUGGGUGCUUCAGCUUCUGUCCAUUGGCUUCUAAGUGCGUUUUGGUUCGACAAGUUUUCUUUUCUAAGUAGGCAGGUUAUUGUCCAUGGUAAUGAACUGUACACUACUGAUAUAAUAUGAUGUGAUUGGUUUGACUGAAAAGCAGCAUUCCUUUAAUAUGGCCCACAUUCCUACUUCGUAAAGGCGUUACAUGAAGGUGAAUGAAUUUGUUUUAUGCGGACGACAGAAACACUACUUUUUUGUUGGAUUUUUGGUAAACUGCAGCCUAAUGCCAAACCUCCGGAAAUCGUUUUGUAAGAGAUCAGUAUUAAAGCAGUAUUCUAUGAAUAUUACAACCAGUAUUUCAGCUGUUGCAUCAUCUCUAGUUUUAUACAUUGGACAAAAAAAAGGUCUUUGAAUCUCAAACUGGAACAGGGCCGCGACGAUGUGGAUUUCAAAGACGUUGUCUUUAAGCUUUGACAGGCGAGAGAGAGAGUUCUCGAGACUUGGAAUCUCUUUUAUUACAGUGUUGUAGGAUGACGUUACAAUUACACAAAUGUGGUUAAAUGUAUGUGGACAUAGGACACAUUGUUGGGGUGGGGGGUGUAAUAAAGUUUAAAGAUUAGAUGAUUUUCCACUUGCAUAAUAACAAGAACACAAAGCCUGAGUUCUGUAAAGUGAGAACGCCUUGUUCAUGUGGUGAGGAACCAAGCCGUUCGUUUUCAGUAUUUGGCUGUGAUGCUCUUUCUGGCUAAUCUAAAUUCAUGAAUCAGUUUGUUUUUUUACUUAUAAAAUGUUUACGUUGUUGCCUUUUACAACAACUGAAAACAGGUCUGUUGUGGAUGAUUUGCUUUGUCUUCCUUCAGUGCUCGUUUGGAUGUAUUAUAGCCUAAAAAAACAGUUUUUAAAAAAGAUGAUAGAUGCUGUUACACUACUAUUCUGGUUUUUGAUGACUUCAGUGUUACACUGUUUCAAUGUGUCGAACUACCGUUAAAUUGCAAUAAUAAGAUUCAGAGUCAUAUGUUGUCCGUCAUGUCUUCAGGGCAGGAAUACUGUUUCCGAUGUUUACUCAGUUGUUACUCAUUGCACCAAUUUCUCAGCAUCAUUAAAAGGAACAAUGUACCGUC